GUGAAUCCCAUCAAUCUGGCAACCCGCAUCCUAACCUGCUCCAGCUUCCUAAUUGAAGAGAAGGCACCAUGUUGGGCACCAAAUAUAAUGUUAGCAUUAAAGACUAUUUUCAACUUAAAAAGAAAAAAGAAAAGCUGCACGAUCCAUCGACUGACUUCAGCAUCAUUCCGUCAUGGAACAAAGAGUUUGUGCGUCUGAUUGGUCUGGAAGAAGUGGUCCAGUUUCGCUUGGAUUGGCCGCACACAAAAAACUUACACACUGCGACUAAUAAACAUAAAACCAAAGGAAGGCCAAAGAAGUUUCCUAUAUCUGCUGUUGAUGUUCCAGCAACUCUUCCCAAAGAUCCAUACACCUGUGCAAAAUGCAACACCGAUGUCUCUCAUUCAUGGAAGCGUGACGUGAACAGUUCCAUCCUGUGCCACUCUUGUUUUAAGUGCAUUUGGAGGAAAGAUCACUGGCUCCCCAGUGGACCAAAAGAGACCAUCAAACCAUCUACUAACAGCUUUAGAUCUGUGUUGAACGAGCCCAUGAAAGAAGAUGCCUUUUUCGACCCUGAUUCACCAGUCUAUUGCUCCUCUUCUCGUUCUUCAGAUCUUUCCUUCUCCCCACCAGGAUUUUACUCUGAUACAACUUCCAACUGGUCCUCAUCCUGUCCCUCUGAUGAUGAAGACUCGUGCAUUUAUAUUUCCUAAUUGUCCUGUGGUUCAUCUCGUUCCUCCAAGUUGAACUCCUCUAAUUCAACCUUGACCCUGUCCCCAUAAAAAUUUAAAUAAGAAGGUUAGAAUGCCAUACUGAGUUACCAAAGAUAAAUAAUCACAAGUCCAGGGCAAAUAAUAUCAAGCUUUGUGACCCCAAGUAAAAGAAGUAUCCAAGUUGGUCUUAUACCAGUCUUAGUUUAAAUUAUACCAGUAGUGAACAGGGCAGUGCUCGAAUUGAGUUAAGUCUUAUGGGAGACCGCAGUUGUUGUGUAACUUGUCAUGCUGGGUCCCUAAUGCCCCACCUCAAUUCGAGCACUGGAACAGGGUGUGUCUACGCUUAUACACAAAUAGCCUUUGUGGCUUUAGGUUUCCUUUCGCCAAACCAAGAACUAAGUGCAGAACCUGCAGAAUCUCUGGUGAAGCUUGUGAAUUGGAUGCAAUGAAAUUCUUCAGCCAUCUCAAGAGGGGUUUGCAGGUUCUGUACCAGGGGUGGCUCCUGAUUGGCUGGAAGAAAAAAAAAACUGUAGCCAUACUGGAAGUUCUGGAAGGUUAGAAAGACCACCUGCAAUCCUGUCUGCCUCUUGGUUGGUUGGAAAGAAAACCUACUGCCACACAAGACGUUCUAGAUCAGGUGUGGCUGAUUGGAUUAGAAAGCAACCUGCAUUUAUACUGGUCCUUUAGAGAAUCCAUAACUUUUUUGCAGGACUGAUUACAAGUCCCUAAAUUUGGUAAUGACACAAAUUCUUGAACGUGUUUCAGAUUUUAUAUAUAUAUAUUUGUUGUUCCCCUAUAUGCACCAAGUUCCCCUAUAUACACCAAGUUCCCCUAUGUGCACCAAGCUACCCUAUAUACAACAAGUUCCCCUAUAUACACCAAGGUCCCCUAUGUGCACCAAGCUACCCUAUAUACACCAAGAUCCUCUAUGUGCACUAAGUUCCCCUAUGUGCACUAAGUUGCCCCAAAUGCACCCAGAUCCCCUAUGUGCACCAAGCUACCCUAUAUGCUUCAAGUUCCCCUAUAAGCUCUAGGUUUUGUUGCUCUAUAUUUAUAGUUUAACAUUAUUAAAUUCAAUACAAAACUUUGACUUGAAAAAAGGAGUUUGGUUAACAACAGAAAUCAGCACAUUUCCUGACGUUCGGUUUAUAAAUCUUUUGGUGAUAGUGGUAUCGAGAAGACAAUUAAACCAGUGUUCUUGUUUGUCUGAAGAAUAAAAUGCAGCAUGCUACAA